AUGGAGGAGGACCAGUCUCUCCUUGGUAACGGCUCUGCUUAUUCUAGUGGUGGAAAGAGCAGAACAAACGUCUCCAUAAACUCAGAGGCCGUCGGAAAUGCUGUUCGCCGGAUCAAGAAAUCCUACAAACUCAAGUCCUUGUUCGCUAUAAAGCCAAUAGAAGCUUUUAACGAGGAGCGGGAGAACCGACCAGAGGGCAGCAGCUUAGCUGAGAGACUCGGGCUCAUUGAUCUGCUAGGCUACGGUGUCGGAUGCACUGUUGGUGCUGGUAUCUACUCAUUGAUAGGAAUUGGAGCAGGGAUAGCAGGUCCUGGUGUCGUUAUAUCAUUUCUAAUUGGAGCCCUCUCGGCAGUAUUCACAGCUCUUGCCUACUCAGAGUUUGCAGCCAGGGUUCCUGUCACUGGAUCUGCUUAUACAUUUGCGUAUGCUUCAUUUGGUGAAUUUCUGGCAUGGAUAAUUGGUUGGAACCUUACUCUGGAGUAUUGCAUCAGUUCGGCAGCCAUUGCUCGCUCCUGGGGCGACUAUUUCACUUACAUGUGGACUCAGUAUGGCCUCACCCCCCCGACAUGGCUCAGUGAAAUACCCUGUGGUAUUACGUCCCUGAGUCCAGCAGCUGCAGGCAUAGUAAUACUGUGCACUAUUGUAAUGUUGUUUGGUAUAUCAACCUCUUCAACAUUCAAUGUCAUCAUCACUAUCCUCAAUAUUGGGAUAUUAGCAUUCUUUGUUGGAGUAGGAGGCACUAGAGUAGUACCAAGUAACUGGGUCUAUCAAGAUGAUACUUUUGUUCCGUUUGGAGCUGCUUCAGUUUUUGCUGGAGCAGGGACGGUCUUCUUCUCUUAUCUUGGGUUCGAUAUGGUCAGUUCUUUAGCCGAAGAAACUAAGAACCCUCAGAAGAACUUACCGAGAGGGAUCAUUGGUUCCCUCAGUAUUGCUGCAGUUGUAUACGUUGGGGUUGGACUAGUUGCUACUGGUUUGUUACCUUUUCAAUUCAUGGUACCAGCUAAAGCUCCUUUGGCCUUUGCUCUUGAGCAGCGAGGGCUGGCUUGGGCUGGAAAGGUGGUUACUAUAGGGUCACUGUUUGGACUAACGACAGCUUGUUUCACUGGCCUACUGGGACAACCAAGGAUAUUCUACACUAUGGCCCGUGAUGUAACUGAUGCUAUAUCUAUUGGAACACUGAUGGCCUUUAGUUUAGUGUGUGCUGGUGUCAUGGUAUUGAGGUACACAGGAGGGAAACGUGAUUACAUUCCAAUAUCACUCAUCAUUGCAUUUACGUGUGUCACCUUUAUGUCAGCCAUGUUCUUCACUCACAGCCUUCCUCUACCAGUUCCUAUUGUAUUUGGUGGAGUUGCUUUCCUUUUAUUCAUUGCUCUCUGUUUCAUGAAGACCUACAACACUCCAACUACAUUCAAGUGUCCUCUGUUACCUCUCAUACCAUGUCUAGGUAUUGCAAUCAACAUGUACAUGCUAGCUGGACUCAAAUCUGCUGCAUGGAUCAGACUGGGGAUAUGGCUGGCCAUUGGUAUACUCAUAUAUGUGUUCUAUGGUAUUUGGAACAGCAAAAUGAGGGACUAUGUUCCUAAACCAAAGGCUCCUCCAUCACCAGCAGUAGUUGAUACACCAGACCCUUCCACUAAUGGUGGUAGUACCAUACCAGGACCAGAACACAGUAUUAAUUCUGUACUGAAAUGCACAGUAAACUGA